UUGUAGCUGCAGAUCAGUGGAGAGUCGCCGCCGUUGCUGCUGUGCAGGAUAGGGUUAACAUUAGUGUGUUUUUGAUACGGUUUUAUUGUUCUCGGAAAGUGAAGACAGUUCAUUGACGAAAUGUCGGAUUUCGACAGCAACCCUUUCGCGGACCCGGAUUUCAGCAACCCUUUUCAGGAUCCCUCGGUCACACAAGUUACACGAAAUGCACCACCUGGCCUGGAGGAAUACAAUCCAUUUACAGAUACAAAGCCGGCUCCACCUGGCUCAGGUCCCAAAGUCCCGCCCACUGCGAACACACAGCCAGCCAUCAUGAAGCCUACUGAGGAACCACCAGCUUAUUCACAGCCACAGCAAACACAGGAUCAGGCACGGGCCCAGGCUGAAUUGCUGAGGAGGCAGGAGGAGUUGGAGAGGAAAGCUGCAGAGCUUGACCGCAGAGAGAGAGAGAUGCAGUCACUCAAUGCAUCUGGAGGGAGGAAAAACAACUGGCCACCGCUGCCUGAGAAGUUUCCUGUGGGUCCGUGUUUCUAUCAUGACAUAUCAGUGGAUAUCCCAGUGGAGUUUCAGAAGACAGUGAAGAUCAUGUACUACCUGUGGAUGUUCCACACAGGAACACUGUUCUUGAACAUCUUCGGCUGCUUGGCAUGGUUUUGUGUAGAUUCACAACGUGGUGUCGACUUUGGCCUGGCCAUGCUGUGGUUCAUGCUCUUCACUCCCUGCUCCUUUGUCUGCUGGUACAGACCUCUGUAUGGAGCAUUCAGGAGUGACAGCUCUUUCCGCUUCUUUGUGUUUUUCUUCGUCUAUAUUUGCCAGUUCGGUGUCCAUGUGAUGCAGGCCAUUGGCAUCACAGGCUGGGGAGUCAGUGGUUGGAUCUCGGCGCUUACUGGCCUUAAUACGAGCAUUCCUGUUGGCAUCAUCAUGAUCCUGAUUGCUGCUCUGUUUACUGCCUCUGCUGUCAUCUCUCUCAUCAUGUUUAAAAAGGUCCACGGGCUGUACCGGACCACUGGUGCGAGCUUUGAGAAGGCCCAACAGGAAUUCGCCACCGGCGUCAUGUCCAACAAAACGGUCCAAACAGCGGCCGCUAACGCCGCCUCGACCGCUGCUCGCGGAGCCUUCAAAGAGCAGUUCUGAUCGGCCGAUCAAGAGCAGGCCCGACUUCAAGCUCCUCCCACUUUCCCCUGUUUUUCAUUCUUUCUUAUUGUACUCCUUUGACUUGAGUCACCUGUAAGCCUGUUUCAGAUGUGGAGGAUCCCAGACUCUGCCCCUUCAUCGAUUCGGUGCACGCCAUUGGCUAACUGUGACUCUAUCCCCUUCACUCAGCAGAUGCACUCAACUGGCUGUCACACUGAGAUCAUGUGUGUGUGUGUGUGUGUGUGUGUGGGAGAGAGAGAGAUACUUCAGUCACUUUCAAAUUGUCCAUUCAGAGAGUGAGUGUGUGCUGAGUUAUGUUUCUCAUUUAACAAAAUAGGAAGUGGUGUCAGCAAGCAUUCUGUCCACUUGCUGUAAACAUCGAAAGCGAACAGAACAGAGUUGAAAUGUCAUCCACACAAUCCACUAAUAUCUCACUCCAACAAGCGUUUCAUUCCUGCCCCUCAUUGGCCAAUAGGAGCGUCCCUCGCUGAACACACCCAGUGGGAGAUUCAGGUGGCUCUUCUGUUGCUUUUUUUUUUUUUUAAAGUCUCCGAUUUUGCCUUACACGCUGUUCCUGCUUUUCUGAAAAUAAGUUGACACUCCUUCACUUCGCUUCUGAGGCUUGUUCGAUGGUCUCCAAACACAAGAGUUGGAUUAGACAUGCUUGAGAAGCUCACUAAGCCUCCGUCCAGGUCUUGUAUCUGAAGUUUUAUGGUACCAGUGAGUAGUAAAAGCCUCGAUAGAAGAAAACGCUAUCUGCAGCGAAAGCCUCCCACCUCUGUUUUUCUAGUGUCAUGCUUCAGAGAUGCCGAAAAAUAGAGAAAAAAAAUAAUCGCAUGCUCGCACUCGUGUUGGUGGGGGAGAGAGUGAGUGAGUGUGUUGAGUGAAUGAGCGAGUCUUAAGCUGUUUAACUCCACAGCAAAUGAUCUCUCUUAGGUUUAUAUAUUUAAGUUGUCUCAUCAUUUCAAGUCCGACAGGACACUUUAGGUUUUAGAUUAUGUUUAAGUAUUCCUCAUUUAAUGCAGCCUUGAACAUUGAGAAACAACUCCGAAGAUUAUGGGCUGUCUGUGUUUCGAGAGAGAAUUUGUGUGUGGUAGCUUCAGUCAGCUCUUUACAGUAUUGACUUCAGAACUGACACAGUCACACGAACACGUUACUAUGAGACGUUCUGCUCAUAGCUUUGUUUUAAAAUCGUGUCCCUUCCCCCCAUUCUCCCCUUUUGCUUUUGUAGGGUUUCCAAUUCUAUCCUGUCGAGAUGAGCUGCUGCAAGUUGUUCUUCCCAAUUUUUUUUUUUUUAAAUAUAUAAAGAACAUUUCAACAAAUGGCACCUGAAUGUUUGUUCUAUAUUAUUACGAAUCAAAUGGGCAAGUCCAUAGAAAGAUGUAACACGAGCCUGUGCGUGUGUUGGAUCGUGGCUUUUAAGUUGUGAUUUUGAACUCGAUGACCUUAUUAGUUGAAACACUGAGGAGGUGGUGAUGCGAAGUUCGUUCGAGCAAACCUAAGGGAUAUUUGUAUAUUUUGUAAAAAACGAAAACAAAAAACAUUAAUGAUAAUUGACGAGUGGUUGCCUGUCGUCCUGAAUAAUUUCAUCGUACUGUACAAAUGCACUCUUGUCUCCCUCUGCAGUCGCAUGUCAAGUAGUUUUGAGUUUUGUAUAUUUAUUGUAUUAACACAGGAAUAAAAUAAGAAAAUGGACUACUUGA